CAUAUCAUUUCACAAAUGUUCUAUUUUGAAUAAAGAAAAAAGAGAAAAAGAAAAAAGAAUCAUCCAAGAAAGUGUUUGUUUAUGACAAGCCUACCGCACCAGGAGAAAAGAAAGAUGUUAGUGGAGCAAUGCCUGACAGCUACAGUCCAACUUAUGUAGAGGCUGCUUGGUAUUCUUGGUGGGAAAAACAAGGAUUUUUUAAACCUGAAUACAACCAUCCAGACUUAAAACCUGGACCGGAAGGAAUGUUUAUGAUGUGUAUUCCACCACCAAACGUCACWGGCUCUCUUCACCUUGGCCAUGCACUUACUAACGCWAUUGAAGACUGUCUGACAAGAUGGCAUAGACAAAAUGGCAAAAUGACGCUGUGGAAUCCUGGAUGUGAUCAUGCAGGAAUUGCAACUCAGGUUGUUGUAGAGAAAAAGCUGAUGAGAGAAACUGGUCAAUCUAGACAUGAUUUGGGAAGAGAAAAGUUCAUACAGAAAGUCUGGGAUUGGAAAAAUGAGAAAGGUGACACUAUCUACAAUCAACAAAAAACUAUGGGUAUUUCUGUGGACUGGGAAAGAGCRUGCUUCACUAUGGAACCUAAACUUUCSAAAGCAGURAAUGAGGCAUUUAUUCGGCUUCAUGACGAAGGUCUAAUMUACAGAAGCAAACGCCUUGUUAACUGGUCAUGUACUCUGAAUUCUGCUAUUUCUGAUAUUGAGGUUGAUAAGAAAGAGUUGACRGGGCGYACAAUGUUGAGUGUUCCUGGCUAUGACCACAAAGUAGAGUUUGGAAUCAUUGUUCACUUUGCUUACCCAAUAGAAAACUCAGAUGAAAAGGUCAUAGUUGCCACAACACGUAUUGAAACAAUGCUAGGAGAUACAGCUGUUGCAGUUCAUCCUGAUGACAAACGGUACAAGCAUCUUCAUGGCAAGUUUGCUGUUCAUCCCUUCUGUAAUCGUAAGCUGCCAAUCGUCUGUGAUGAUAUGGUUGAUCCUGAGUUUGGAACAGGUGCUGUCAAGAUUACACCAGCCCAUGACCACAAYGAUUAUGCUGUUGGUCAGCGACAUGACCUUUCAUUUAUUAACAUGAURGAUGACAAUGGCUUAAUAUCAGACUUAAAAGAUUUCCAUCCAGAGUUCAAGAAAUUUGCUGGCUUAAAGAGAUUUAGYGCAAGAAGAGAUAUCCAGCAUGCCCUGGAAGAGAAAGGUCUUUACAUUAAAACAGAAGAAAACCCCAUGGUGGUGCCGACAUGCAGUCGUUCUAAGGACAUUGUGGAGCCUCUUAUCAARCCCCAAUGGUAUGUUGACUGCAAAGACAUGGCUGAGCAAGCCGUCAAGGUUGUACGAGGAGGAGAGUUAAAAAUCACUYCAAACACACAUGAGAAGACAUGGUUUCACUGGCUUGAAAACUGCCGGGAUUGGUGUAUAUCUAGACAACUUUGGUGGGGACAUCGAAUUCCAGCAUACUUUGCAAGCAUAGAUGACCCUAAUAUUCCUGCUGGAGAGGAUACUGAUGGCAAAUACUGGGUGAGUGGAAGAACUGAAGCAGAAGCAAGAACGAAAGCUGCAGGGAGGUUUGGUGUUUCUGAGGAUAAAAUCACCUUGAGACAGGAUGACGAUGUGUUAGACACAUGGUUCUCAUCAGGUUUAUUCCCAUUCUCUAUCUUUGGCUGGCCUGACCAGACCAAAGAUUUAGAAGCAUUUUACCCAGGAACUCUACUUGAAACAGGCCAUGAUAUUCUGUUUUUCUGGGUUGCACGKAUGGUUAAGAUGGGUUUAAAGUUGACAGGAAAGUUGCCUUUCACUGAAGUCUAUCUCCAUGCCAUGGUCAGAGAUGCACACGGCAGAAAAAUGAGCAAAUCGUUAGGAAAUGUUAUCGACCCUGUGGAUGUCAUAAAGGGAAUUACGCUAGAGAAUCUUCAUAAAUUGUUGGAAAAUAGCAAUUUGGAUCCAAAGGAAAUCACUCGUGCCAAGAAAGGCCAAAAAGAGGACUACCCUGAUGGGAUCCCUGAGUGUGGAACAGAUGCAUUAAGAUUUGCACUGUGCGCUUACACAGCACAAGGUCGUGAUAUCAACUUGGAUGUCCUUCGUGUCCAGGGCUAYAGACACUUUUGCAACAAGYUGUGGAAUGCAACCAAAUUUGCUCUYGCUGGUCUUGGAGAUGACUUUAAACCMAACCCUCAACAGGAGAUGGUUGGUAAUGAGAGUCUAAUGGAUAGAUGGAUUCUCAGUCGCUUGUCCAGUGCAGAGCAGUCAAGCAAUGAAGGRUUUUCCAAUUACGAUUUCCCUACUGCCACAACAGCAAUUUAUAACUUCUGGCUGUAUGAGUURUGUGACGUCUACUUGGAAUCUCUCAAGCCAGUUCUGCAAGGAGGUGAUCAAGAGAAGAUUAAAACUGCAAGAAAUACACUCUUCACGUGCCUUGAGAACGGUCUGCUACUCCUCAGUCCAUUCAUGCCAUUCCUUACCGAGGAACUCUACCAGAGACUUCCAAAACGUCACGCUGGUGGUCCUCCAAGUAUUUGCGUGACGCCAUAUCCCAAAAAUCUCCCGUGGCGUGACACCGAACUUGAGGGCAACGUGGACUUUGCAAUGAGCAUUGUCAAGACAAUUCGCUCCAUUAGACAGGAAUACCAAGGCAUCAAAGGCAAACCAGAAGUCUACGCCGUGUUUUCUGAUGAUUCUCUUGCCAAUGGUGUCAAGAUUUUUACAGAUGAUAUUGUGGCUUUGAGUUCGGCCAGCAGGUUGGAAAUCCUUUGYCAUGAGCGCCCUCCUGUUGGUUGUGCUAUAGGUACUGUACAAGACAAGUGUGAAAUCCACCUAUUGCUCAAGGGUGURAUUGACAUCCCAAAGGAGGUGACCAAACUAGAAAGCAAGAAAGAAAGCCUCAAGCAAACACUCCAAAAACUCAUYGAAGCUACUCAAAUACCUGAUUAUCAGACGAAGGUACCUGAAAAGGUACAACAGCAAAAUACAGACAAGAUAAGUCAAACGGAGACUGAACUACAGAAGCUGGAAAAAGCGCUCGAAUCACUAAAAAUGGCGGAAUAAAUUACUGGAUAUGAACGUCCAGAUUGCCUGUCACAAUUUCACACUUAUUUAAAUAGAAUUAUUAUAAGUAAUAAAGUAAUGAGGAACUCAUGAA